ACUAAGGGCACCAGAGUGCAAGGGGUCAUUCCUUCGGUGAUGGUCAAGGCAACCAACUGGUUAUGAUUCACGUGCCGGGGUGCGAACUAGUCCGCCUUUCAAAGAUGAUCGCCAUGACCUUCUUUCACUUGGCGGUCUUUGUAAGGCUGACCGGAUCUCUCUCCGUCAGAUCCCUCUGUCCCUUUCUUUGCAUCCAUACACGUUGCGAUCUCCAUCUCUCCCACAUACUUCAUGACGGUCCGAUCAUUCGGAACUGGUGAUCAAUUCUGAAUUGAUGGGGGGCGUGUUACGCAGCAAAGGGUGCUCGGUGUGUGUGAAGCGGAAAGUCAAGUGCGACGAAACCCGUCCAAAGUGCCUCCGCUGUCAAAAAAGGAACGUGGAAUGCCCAGGCUACGAGAGGCAACGGAAAUUCCACCACGUGUCUCCCGGGGAGACAGAGAAGGAGAACCCGGUCAAAAAUGACCCUCCAGCGGAACAGCAGGUGUCAUCGAGUAGCUUGUUGCUACGCGCCACUCCAGCGCGCAGAGGAGUGGGUUUCACGUCCAUAGAUGAAUCAGUGAAUCCCAGUCUAGUCGCUAGGAUCAUGGAUAGCCAACUUCGCGAGGCGUUUUGCGCAUUCGUUCCGACGGCGUUUCCAGGCCAAUAUAAUGCUUACGUUCCGCGUCUCAACAUGACUUGGGUCUCUUUCGUUCGCAGCCAGAAGGUCCCGAACCCAACCCUCGAUUGGUCUUUGCGCGGCAUCGCCAUGCUGUACAUGGGGAAAAUUCAACACGACCCGCGGUUGGUGCAUCUCAGUCGGGACAUGUACCGUCGUGCACUGCGGCAUCUCGCCCGAGUGAUUGGCAAUCCUUCAAUGGUGGCUUCGGACGAUGCCCUCGCCUCGACAAUGUUCCUCGCGACCUACGAGAUGAUGGCGGACCGGAAACAGAAAUCAUGGAUACUACAUUCACGCGGCCUCUCCCACCUAAUCCGUCUGCGGAGGGCUCAGGCCUACGUCGACGGAACCGCUCGGCUGCUGCUGGUGUCUUUCCGGCCUUUUUUCAUUUUCCAGGCUUUUCUCCUGGGGGAGCGGUGCUUCCUGGAAGACCCGAUGUGGAAGUCGAGCAUUGACGACGCCUUGGCAUUAGAAGAGCAGAGAGGGAAAGCAAGUCGUUUAGGUGCCUUGGUGGAGCAUGCAUUCUACGAGAUUGCUCGAUGUCCUGGCUUUCUCGUGAGCACCAAGACCCUGAUCGCCAGCUCGCAGAAAACGUUCGACCGUCGGAGGGAAGACUUGACAAAGGACAUCGCCGACUGUCGGGAUGCUUUGUGCGGCAUGCGGUCGCAGCUGAAGUUUGGCCUUAAUGCGGCGAGUGACGAGUCUCAUAACCACAAGCUACUAGAGUUUGUUGGGCCCAUUCCUGCCUCCGCCGCCUGUCUUCUGGGCAAGAGAUCGCUCGAAGGAGUCUGCACUGCAAUUGCGAUGCUUCAACAGUUGAUCGCAGUGAUCGGCUCCGAGGAGACCCGUCGGGAAGCCCUUCUCUCCAAUCCUAUUCCCGCCGUUGGACCCGACGUCUGGCACUCGGCGGCCAUGGCACUGAAGGCCCGCGCACUGUAUUCCCAGCAUUUACUAUGGUAUGAAUCAAGCGAUGAACGAACGGAGAACUUAAUGGACCGCAUUGCAAUGACUUUGGGGAUGUUGACUUUAAGAACACAGGCAGAAUGACUUUUCUAGUUUAGGUUUAGAAAGUGGCAACUGAAACAAAAGGGAACGCCGUGAUAGCUCAAUCUCUUGGUCCAUGCGACCGGGUGAACAAAUCUAGCUGAAACUUGUGCAAUGCUUUCUUCUGCCCAAGCACGGAAAUGAGACUUGCCAAUGCACGCUUAUAUACGAGAGGACCAACCGAGAUACUUCUGGUCUGGUUCCCCCAGGUCUAGC